CAUUUUCACAACAAAUAAAUUUUUUGUUUUUCAGAAAUUCUGACAACAUUCAAAAAUGUUUAUCUCUUGCAGUUCCAUUAAAACACGAAGACAAUCAACAAAAAAAUUCUGAUUCUCCAACAAACAGCAGUAAUGCUAGUAGUAGUAGAAGACAACGUCAACACACUAUGAGAAAAAGGCAGCAUUCUGUUCAUCAUCGUAAAAGACAGCAACAACAAAAAGGGCCUCAAAGCUAUAUUCAAGUAACAGCUGAAGCUUUGAAUCGUUUUCAACAACAAUUUAGUGGAUUAAUUUUGAGUGGAUUGGGGUUAACAAAUAGAGGCAAACAAAAUUUAGUUAUGCAGUUUUCACCUUUUUCUAGUUUUUCAAGGUUGGAUUUUAUUCAAAAACAUGCUUUAAUUAAAAAUUGA